AUGCAAAACGUGAGUAUUAAUCGGCGGCGUGAGCACAUUCCUCAGCACAAAUUGUCAAUAUUGUCAUUAUACAAUAAAGCACCACUGGUUGAAGUAUCUUUGGAGCAGUUUGAGGAGUUUGCGAUUGACCGAUUGCACGUGCUAAAGGCGGUGGAGAACUACCGACUGCGCAGUGUGCAGAUGAAGGAGCGUGAAGGUCGAUUAGAAAAGACAUUGAACCAACACAUGCCACUACGAGCGACUUCCUUGAGACGGACUGGACAGGCAGAGGAUGAUACAACCAAGGAUGUGCUAUCACAUUUCUUUCUGCGCAUGGCUUUCUGUCAGACAGAAGAGCUGCGACGCUGGUUCUUGACGCAAGAAAGCACGUUAUUUCGUUACCGCCUGGACAAAAUGACGAGAGAGGAGAAAAUUCUUUUUAUGAAGCAGAACGGCCUGUCAUACGAAGAGACGACGACAAAAGAGGUUGAAGCACGACUGAGUAGGUUAAAGGCUGUGCGAGACGCAAACGACACGAAGGUCCGGGGUCAGCCAUUGCCGUCAUACUUUAAGGUGCCUUUCACAGAGGCACUGGACCUAGUCGGUAGUCGACGAGUGUACAUCGAAGCCGGGACGGCGUAUGUGCCUUUUGAACACGUCGUAUCGAUCCUGUUUGCUGCUUUUCGUGCCAAUCUAUCAAAGCAACUAUCGGGAGCUUUUCGCAAAUACAAUCGCUCAUUGAUAAGUAAAGACGAACGCCUCGCUCCAGUGUUGUCAAAUUUGGCGAAACACCACAUCGAUGCCGACUACUCGUCUGCCCCUGUCCUUGGUUCGGAAAAUGCGAUAAGACUAGAUAUGAUUGAUGGUCUUGCAUCAACGUCGAUGCCUCUAUGCAUGCGUUCACUUCACAAAGGACUCAAGCUCAACCACCACUUGAAGUUUGCAGGGCGACAGCAGUAUGGGCUUUUCCUUAAAGGCAUUGGUCUUCAACUCGAUGAUGCUAUUGCAUACUGGAAGCAAGAGUUCUGCAAGAAAAUGUCUGUGGAUGACUUUAACAAAAAGUACGCUUACAAUAUCCGUCACAAUUACGGCAUGGAAGGGAAGCGCAAGGACUAUGCGCCUUCUAACUGUAUGCGCAUUAUCACCGGCGAUCCACCAAAAAACGGUGAGUAUCAUGGUUGUCCAUUUCGUCAUUUCGAGCAAGAGCAUCUGCGAUCGGCGUUACAAGGAGUGCCGGAAGGAGACAAGCAAGAGAUCUUGUCACUUGCAGAGAAUCGUCAUUAUCAGAUUGCCUGCAAAAAGUACUUCGAAGCUACUCACCCUUCUAGUGAUCCUGACAUCCUCAUCAAUCAUCCUAAUGGGUAUUUUGAAGAAAGUCGUAAGUAUUAUGCUGCAAAGGUGAAGAAGUCACAGUCAUCGCCACCACUUAAAACAUAA